AUGAUAACGAGCUCUUCACCAGUCCUCAACCUCACCCGGCGGAGUCUCUGCCCCCGAGGCACCAGAGGAGGACUGGUCUGGCGAAGAUGGAAUCGAUUCCAAUCCUCAAUGGCAUAUGGCGGGGCUGUUCCGACGUUCGAGUCUUUCCAGCCGGCUGCUGCUUCAAUCGAUCUCGACGUUCUCGAACACUUCGAACUCCCCGAACAAUACCAAACGCCUACUAUCGUCGAAGACCCCGCAGACUUACCGUCUAAAUACUCCCUUGCGGUUCCAGCGAUUGGUACUAAGAUCCCUACGGCCGUACGUUCCUUCGCUAGUAGCGUACGGUCGCAAUCUUUCAAACAAGUCUUGGAAUCUUUCAAGGACCUUCAUCAGCAUGGGUUUAUAAAAUACCUCUCCAGCACGGAUUUUAGCAACAUCCUCAUUGCUGCCAAUCCGAAACUCAUCUUUCCGGUUGAAAAGAUGGCUCGAAAGAUCGUUCCGGGCACGGUACCAGACGCCAAUCCCUACAUAAGGGUUUAUAAACGCUUCUGGUCCGACUUGAACUUCGUACUCGAAAAUAUGAUUCUGAACGGCCACCAACCCACUAUACUGGACUACACUGGUCUCAUGGGAAAAGCAAUGUGGACACAGAACAAAACGAUACAAGACUCGUUCUGGAAUAGGAUGUUAAAGCAAGGACUAAAACCCAAUACAUGGACAUAUAACACCCGUCUAGCAAUGGUAGCCGGCAUCCGUCCCGCCAACAGUCUCGAAAAGUUCCCGCUCGUCCAUACCGAAAAAUAUGUCAACUACUGGAUGGGACAAGAGAAUAACGCUGUCACAGAGGCAAUGGCAAUAUACGCCGAGCUCCUAAAGAAUGGAUUAUACCCCAACUCCAUGACCGUAGAGCUUCUAAUAAUGGCGCAUGCAAGAGUUGGCGAUAUUCCCGGUAUUUCGAAGAUCCUUCGGAAUGUUUAUGGCGUCAAAAUCGACGGGAACAACGAAUCUGCAAAACCUAUAAUUCCCAAGGGAUCACCGGUAUACCCGACUGCGAGGACCUUGAAGGCACUUGCUGUUGCAUACUGUCGAAACUCGCAGUUCAGUGGAGCAUUACAAGCCGUGGAGUUUUUGUCUCGGAUAUAUGGCCUGAAAAUCGAUGAGAAGACUUGGGAUGUACUGUUAACCUACAGCUACGCAUUCUCACGGCCGAAAUACGGACUCCUACCCGCGGAUGCGACAUCGAAGUUGUCGACCAUGAUGCAGGAGAGGACGCAAAACGCCGAACCAAGUUUACAAGCUAGAGAUAUUGUGAUUAGAUCUUUGGCAAGAUCCGACGAUCCUGAGGAAUUGGAAUUGGCGGAGAAGGAGAUCAGAAAGGCAGUAAUGUACUUCCGUACCAAAGUACAGCAGAAGUACAUGACCUCCCGAGAACGAUGGGUCAACAUGCCGGCGGAGAGCAGUAGCCACGAAGGAUCCGAACUCUGGAGGCUGGAGAAGAUGAUGGAUGAACAGUUGUACAAGGUGUGCAUGUGGAAGGACUCGAUGGGGUAUUGGUUAUAUGCGCUUGUCAGGGCGCAUUGGGACCGUAUGCAAAAAUUAAACCUACCGAUUGCGGAGUUUGAGACGAUACAGAUGAAUAUAUUGGAGGAGUUUGGAGCCUAUUGGCACGAAUAUAGGCCAAUAUUUGAGAAGCCGAAGGCAGUCGAUGAGAAGAAGGUUGUGCCGGAGAGGGUGAAGUUUAGGUAUAAGUAUCCGGCUUCGAUGGCCGGACUGAAGGGAUUCCCUGCUAUGUGA